AUGGGAAGGAAAGGCUCGGAACCCAGAAAACGCCGCACGCCGUCCGUGGUCCAGCGAGAGCAGAACCGCGAGCGUGCGCGCGUCUACUAUGAGAACCACCGACAGAAGGUGCUCGCCAAGCUCAAGCUCAAGUACGAGCAGAAGCGCAUCGUCAUCCAGGCCAAGCGACGCGAACGCUACUUCCAGCGCAAAAUGAGCCUUGCUUCGGGCUGCAGAGCACCCGCGCCAGAGCCCCAUCGGCUAUCGCUUCGAUUUAUUCUCAAUUAA